AUGGUAGUGAUGAUGGUAUCAAAGGGUAGUGAAAAUGAUAGUGAUGAUGUUAACCUAGCUGACGCUGGGGAAACCAAUUGGGAUGUUCUCAACAUAUUCAACAACGACUUUAGUGGCGAUGGUACCUACUACGGUGAGGGUACGGGAGGGACGUGCCAGUACUCCACCCCACUCCCUCCUGCCGCAACUGACCCCAAAAUAGGGGCGCUAGUUGCCCUCAACAGACCCCAGUUUCUAGACUCUCUUACCUGUGGUAUGUGUCUACGUGUAACAGGAAGUGGGAAUGGUUUGGGCAACAGCCCUAUCACAGGCAGCUUUAUUGUAUUUGUCAAAGACCUGUGUCCAGAAUGCAAAGAAGGAGAUGUAGACCUGGCGCUUAACGGAGACGGUCGGUGGGAUGUGACCAUUCGUGCUGUCCAGUGUCCUGUUGGUGCCUCCACUAUACAGUACACCUUCCAGGGAAGUAACCCGUGGUAUCUCAAACUCCAAAUCAGAAACGCCAGAAUCCCCAUAACGGGGGUCCAGGUACGUAGAUCUGACCAGUGGGUCACCAUGAACCACAGUGCCGACGGUUAUUGGAUACUAAGUGACGGUGUUCCAAUGCCAGAUGGUCAGUUUGACAUUCGUCUCACGGCUGCCAACGGACAGGAUCUCUACGACGCGGUGCCUGGGAUUGGUGAGUCAAGUAAAUUGGGUUUAUAAAUGAAGAUGACAUCG